GUUGAACGAGAUGUUGGUGUUUCUUCUGGUAGCUUUAGCUGUAGGCAUCAAAUCUGAUGUUACUCAUACUACACUGAAAUCUGGACAAUGUUUGUGUUUAACAGGAUCUGGUGUUAAUGCUAGAAAUUCUCCUGGUAUACAUGGUACCACCGUGUCUGCUGCAUUGAGCAAAGGAGAGUGUUAUAAAUUCUAUGGUGGCGAAUUAACUAAGGAUGGUUACAAAUGGUUUGAAAUGACUAUUAAUGGUAAGAGAUUGUGGGUUGCUGGAAACUAUUUAAACGUAGGAACUACAGCUAACUGUGCAUCAUCUGGAGGUGGUGAUUGUGGUGAUUCAGCCGCUAAGGCUGAUGCUUGUGAAAUCCUUCGACUUCAUAAUUCUGGUAAAAUACAACUAUGGACUGUCCAUCCUUCUGGAGUAAAAGACCAGGCCUAUGCUUUACAAAAUAUUAAAGAUGCCUGUGCAGGAAGAGCUGUCAGCCGAUCUUCGUACUCCUGUAAUGGAUGCAGAGCUCCUGGAGGACACGUGUGUUUGAACAAAAAUUUACUUCAUUACUUAAGGACUCUGGGUUCCAAAGGCUAUAUUCAUGUUAAUGAAAUAGCCGGUGCCUGUCACACAUGUAAUUCCAGACAUUAUAGAGGUCUAGCUGUAGACUUACACAACGAUGGUCGAUCUUCAGAAUAUAUUACAGAAUGCCAAAAGCUUGGUGGUUUUGCACAAGACGAAGGCAAUCACAUCCAUUGCCAAUUGUAUUAAAGUUACUAUCAUUCAAUAAAUAUUUACACGU